AUGAAGAAGACUAUCUCAUCUUGGCUCAAUGUUGCUCAAGCUUCGAAGGAAAGACGUUCAAGUGGUAAAAUCUCUUCUCCUAUCCCUAUUCUUGAAUUUGACCCGAUUACUGAUAGCUCUAGAGUAAAAGAUAGAGUUAAGAUUAAUCUUGAAGAUAUAGAGGAGGAGGUAUCAUACUGGAACUCUGCUCUGGUUUGUUACGUUUUAGGUGCGAAUCCCCCAAUUAAAGUCAUGGAAGGGUUCUUUCAUAGAAUAUGGAGAGAUUCGGGAGUGGAUAAGGUUUCUUUACUUGCCCAUGGAGUUUUUGUUGUUAGAUUUCACACUAUUGAAGACAGGGACAAGGUGAUUAAGGGGGGUUAUGUGUUCUUUGACAAAAAGCCUCUCAUUAUGAAACCUUGGAAUUCAAAGGAAAAUUUUUGCAGAGAGACUCUUAGUGUUUUACCAGUUUGGAUUCAACUUUCAAAUCUGGAUAUGAAGUAUUGGAGAGUUAUGAGGAAGAUUUUGAAUCCAAUUGGAAAUAUGGUGAAGCAAGAUUUGGCAACAAGAAACAGGGAACGACUUGAAUAUGCUAGAGUUUUAAUUGAAGUUUCUAUAAGCCAAGAGUUGCCUGAGCAAGUCAUCUUUGAUAAUGAAUAUGGGGAUCCUGUGGCUGUAGGAAUCUAUUAUGAAUGGAGGCCUAUAAUUUGUCAAAAUUGUAAGAAAAUGGGGCAUACCACAGACAAGUUGAGGAAGAGUAAUAAGCCAGAGCAAAAGUGGCUACCUAAAGAACAGGAAGCAGGGAAGCCAGGGGAAGAUUGUGUGAAUGAGAAGGGUAUCAAGCAUACGAAUGUUAAUGACAGAGGAGUGAUUGGUGCUAAAAAGAACUCACAAGGAGUUUGGGUUGCUAGGAAGAAAAGUGAGCAGAUUGAGAGACCUGAACCGAGUGGAGUUGCUUUGAAAAAUGGUUUUCAAAUGUUGGAUAGUGGUUUGGAAAUGGCUGAAGAAAUUCAAAUUGGGCAAAUUCUUUGCGAUUUGGGACAAUCAAUUGUGGGAGGAGGAGAUCCUCCCAUAAUUGAUGGAUAA